UCUAAUUACAUCGCAAGAAGCCACAAGCUGCGACCGUUGGAUGAGUACAUUGUGUACGGAAUUACAACCACUGAGCAGGCCAUAUCGCCAUUGCUUUCUAAAGCUGCUUCAUUCUUCAAAAAACACUGCGACUCCACGCUUUUACGCUAAGUGUUCAUGAUGAAGAAGAAAGCAAGGCAUCAAAGAGUGCCUGCAGCACUCCGACCACCUUCUCCUAUCAAACCCUCACCAAAUCGGGAGACCUUGACCUAUGCACAGGCGCAACGUAUAGUGGAGCUAGAGAUUGAUGGCCGGGUGCACAGGAUCAGCAUCUUUGACAAGCUGGAUGUCAUUAACGAUGAUGACCCCACUGCACAGGAGAUAAUGGAAUGCACCAGCAAUAAAGAGAAUACUGAAAAACCUCAACAGGUCCUCUUGCGAUCUGUACGACUAAAAAAUAACCAGCAGAAAAAGAAUGCCACUCUUAACGCACAAGGGGCGCAUGCUCCUGGAAGUACACUCCCAGAGCCCAAAUUCCGAACAGUAGAGUACAACCUCCCUGCAGUUCCACGCAGACCUCCCGUGUAUUACAAGUAUGUGGAGAAGACUGAAGAGGAGCUGGACGAGGAGGUGGAGUAUGAUAUGGAUGAACAGGACUAUGCCUGGUUGGAGCUGGUCAAUGAGAAGAGAAAAAGUGAAGGCUUCAGCCAGGUCUCACAAAAUGUGUUUGAGUUCCUUAUGGACCGUUUUGAGAAGGAGUCGUUUUUUGAGAGUCAGAAUCAGGGAGACCCACAGUCACUCAUUGACGAAGAUGCUGUCUGCUGCAUAUGCAUGGAUGGUGAGUGCCAGAAUAGCAAUGCUAUUUUAUUCUGCGACAUGUGCAACCUGGCUGUGCAUCAGGAGUGCUAUGGCGUACCCUACAUCCCUGAGGGCCAGUGGCUUUGUCGUCACUGCCUGCAAUCUCCCACUCAACCUGCAGACUGCAUCCUCUGCCCAAAUAAGGGUGGAGCUGUCAAGAAGACCGAUGAUGACCGCUGGGGACACGUAGUCUGUGCCUUAUGGGUGCCUGAGGUCGGAUUCUCCAAUACAGUAUUCAUUGAGCCCAUUGAUGGAGUGUCAAACAUUCCACCAGCCCGAUGGAAGCUCACCUGCUACCUCUGCAAGGAGAAAGGCGUUGGGGCCUGCAUUCAGUGUCAUAAGGCAAACUGUUACACUGCAUUCCAUGUCAGCUGUGCACAGAAGGCUGGCCUUUUCAUGAAGAUGGAGCCCAUCAAAGAGCUAACUGAUGCUGGCACUCCCACCUUUUCUGUCAAGAAGACUGCUUACUGCGGUGCUCACACCCCCAACGGUUGCAUCAGGAGACCACUCACAAUCUAUGACGAUGCCAGAACUAAAAACGGACUCUGUCAACCGGCAGAAAAGAAGGGCAGCAGAACAAGGUUGAAAGGAAAGCAGAGGAAAAAAAGUAAGAAUAAGAAAGCGUCUUCAGAGCCAGUGACAUCUGUUCCAGCUGUCUCUGUUCCCAGCUUUCCUCCUGAAAGGUUAAACACAAUCCUUAAUCUAGUUUCUCUUCAGAAGAAGAAGGUAUUUGUCGAGCUGGUCUUGAACUACUGGAUGUUGAAGAGACAGGCAAGAAAUGGUGUACCACUGAUUAGGCGUCUGCAGUCCAGCCUGCAGUCCCAGAAAACAACGAGGCCGAGGGAAAAUGAGGAGGAGAGCCGGGCAUUGAAGGAACAGCUAAAGGAGUGGCAUCGCCUAAGACACGACCUUGAGCGUGCUCGACUGCUGCUGGAGCUUAUCAGGAAGAGAGAGAAACUCAAGCGAGAAGAGAUGAAAUUACACCAGAGGAUGCUAGAAGUGCAGCUCACCCCCUUCACUAUCCUUCUUAAGGCUGUACUAGACCAGCUUCAGGAGAGAGAUCAGGCCAAGAUCUUUGCUCAGCCUGUUAGCAUUGAAGAGGUACCUGAUUACUUGGACCAUAUCAAACACCCAAUGGACUUUUCCACAAUGAGGAAACGCAUCGAUGCACAAGCCUAUAGGAACUUGGAUGAGUUUGAGGCAGACUUCAACCUAAUCAUUUCAAACUGUAUGAAAUACAAUGCCAAGGACACAUAUUUCUAUCGGGCAGCAGUAAGGCUUAGAGACCAGGGCGGGGCACUGCUGAGGAAAACUCGCCGUGAUGUUGAGCGGAUAGGGUUUGAACCUGACAGUGGGAUGCACCUGCCUGAACCUCCUAAGAUUGAACAGCAAUCACCAUUUUCCUGGGAAGAGGUGGACCGCUUGUUGAUCCCAGCCAACCGUGAACACAUGUCUCUGGAUGAGCAGCUGAAAGAACUGCUGGAAAAACUGGACCUUACCAGUGCUAUGAAGUCUAGCCCCUCUCGCAGUAAACGACUGAAACUGCUGAAGAAAACCAUUAAUGAUGUAAGGAAUGAGAUGAGCCUUCGGAAAACUCUGCCUCACCACAUGGAUCUUGAAAAACCUGCAGUAGUGGGACCGCCUGCUGGUCACAGUCCUACGGAGGAAGGUGACAAGUCUCUUCCACCAAAGCUAGAGCCCUCAGACUCCUUGCCUCCUCUCGCAAACUCUGACAGCAACUCUGAACCCCCUACACUCAAACCCAUCGAUUCCAGUCUAGACAAGUGCCACAGAGGAGCGAGCUUUGAUGGAAAAAAGGAUGGUCUGAAGGAAACCCUUAAUGGACACUCACAUGACCCCUUGCUGCUUUCGAACAGUGAUGUCAGUGUGGUUGCCACAUCAACGGUGGCUGAGUCCUCCGGACCAGUCAACAGGCGGACGUCUGUUCUCUUCCGCAAAUCCAAAAGUGUUAGCCCUCAGAAGCCCCAGAGAAACACUGAGGCCCAGACAGGUUGCUCUCAGCUGGGCACCAAAACCUUCCUGUCGGUUGUCAUUCCACGCCUGGAGACGCUCCUCCAUCCCAGGAAGAGAACACACAGUGCCAGUGGUGACAGCGAGGGGGAGGAUGAGUCUCCUGUCAAGCGUCUAGACACAGGCCUGUCAAAUGGUUUUGUCAUGGAGUCUGAAAAAGAGCUGAGUCCCAGCAGGCAGCUAGAGCCUCGCCGCAGGUGUGCCUCUGAAUCCAGCAUCUCCUCCAGCGGCAGUCUGCUGGGCAGCACUAGCACCACCCUCAGUCUUCCAAAAUGUGGGAAGGGGAAGCCGGCCCUUGUGCGGAGAAAUACUGUGGAUGACAAAAGUGAGCUAAUUGCUUGUAUUGAAACUGGGAACUUUGCCAAAGCUGCUAGAAUUGCUGCUGAAGUUGGCAACAGCAAUAUUUGGAUGCCUGCUAGUGCUGCAACAGUUGUUCUGGAACCUCUAAAACUAGUAUGGGCAAAAUGUAGCGGAUAUCCUUCCUACCCUGCCUUGAUAAUAGACCCUCACAUGCCUCGGGUGGGCUGCCAUCACAAUGGGGUGACCAUCCCAAUGCCCCCCAUGGAUGUUCUCAGGAUUGGAGAGCAGAUGCAGUACAAAUCAGAAGAGAAGCUCUUUCUUGUACUCUUCUUCGACAACAAACGCAGCUGGCAAUGGCUUCCUAAAUCCAAAAUGGUUCCUCUUGGAAUUGACAAGACCAUAGAUAAGAUCAAGAUGAUGGAGGGCCGCACCUCUGCAAUCCGCAAGGCAGUGCAGACUGCCUUCAAUCGGGCUAUGAAUCACUUGAGUCGAGUACAAGAUGAACCUAUUAGUGACCUUAGUGACGUCGAUUAACCCGUGCCCUACUCAACCCACCAAAUCUAGGGGAUCUUUUGAAGCCUUAGUAUUUGUCUUGCCUGGCUGGUGCUAGCCCAGUGGUGCUUAGAUUAACUCCCUGAGGCUUGCGUUUGCCUGGUUGACCUGUCAUCUGUCCACUGUGCUUUCUUCCAAGCUGGUUUGUCUGAGGGCUGCUGCUUUAUGAAUGUGUGAACAUGCCUUUUAUCUCAAUCACUGUGCUGCGAGAUGCUGCCAUCUCCACCGCCAACAUCAUCCUCCAUGUCACUCACUCAACUGUUUAUAUACAACUUCCUCUUAAAUAAUGACUAUGUAAUGAACUUUGUAAAUAACUGUAAAUUACCUGUGACUAACUUAUUCUGUAGAUUUACCCAAACUGGUACUGUACAUGACUUUUCCUGGUAUUUAUACGUUGAUGAAUUGUAUUCAGCAUUAUGGUGUCUUCCUCAGUGAUGCUGGAAAAAGAGUGAAAAGGAAA